AUGAGUACCAAUAAACACAAUUCUGAACAGACGGGGGUGAGUGAAGACGACCAUCGGCGAGACACGGACAAUGGAACGGAUAUGGAAAAUGAGAAUAGGAAAAAACAGUCGCCUGACGACUUGAAAUGGGAAGAAGGAAUGAACAGUUUUGAGAGGGAGCUCAUAAACUCACAUAAAAAGAAACAGAAGAUGAACAGGUCGACUGCCCCAAAACAGUCGACACUAGUAGGGGAUGAAAUGCUGGAAAGCAGUGAAAAUGAUGACGAUGAGAUAGGGGAGGAAAGAUCACAAGAGGAAGUGGAAAAAAUAGAAAAAGGAUGGCAAAAUAUUCAGGAGAGGGUGUUAGCCUCUUUCUUGCUUGAUGAUGAAACCAUGAAUAAGAAGAAAAGGAAAGGGGACAGUCUAGAGAGAAUAAAUGAUCUGAAGAGGGAGAGACUGGAAGAGAGUAUUAAGUUUCCUAACGAAACCAAACAACAAAAAAUAAACAGGAAACUCGAAGAGUUAAAUAUAAAACUAAUAGAGAUAUUUACUAACCUAAGCGAAAAAAAGGGGGAAAAGGUGGAGAUGGAUACGGAAUUAAAAAAACUGUUAGGGGUCAUAAAAUCCACUAACAACAAAAAAGAAGACGACAGUAUAGCCGAAAAAACACAAAAAGAAGUAAAAUGCGAUCACUGUAAGCUAAAAGUGGAACAAGAAAGACAGAGAGAAGAGCAAGAAAAAAUUAAAAGGGCUCUAAACAUGGGGGGAGGAAAAAAAACCUUCAUGAGUAUAUGUAAUAGCAAAUGGGAGGAGAAAGCAUAUAUAAAGACAAAUUGGGAACAAGGGGGGUUACGAGAAACGGUCGAGAAGAAAACAUGUCUGAUAGUAACAAAAAAGGAUGCGAAGGACAAGGGGGUAGAAAAUAUAAUAAAGGACGUGGGAGAGGAUCUGGCAGAAACACUAGAGGAAGUGAACGAGGGAGAAAUCAAAUUCCUUGAGAACUUUAGGAGGAAAGAAAAUAAAAAAACAAUUUGGUACACGUUCGUCGCUGGAAUAGAAAAAGAAAGUGGUGGCGAUAUAUACGACCUAGCAGAAAAGGCUAUAACUAAAAUUAAGAAAGAGAUGGAUGAAACACCAAAGGUUGUACGGGUCGUAGCCGGUAACGACCUUAACAAGGAGAUCAUAAGGAAAGCCCUCGAAUAUGUGGGGCGGAGGGAAAGUAUCUCAUGGGAGAUGAUAGUAAGAGGGAAGGAACUCGAGGUAGAGAAGAAGUCAGAACAAGAAGAAGCCCUCCUUAUAAAGAUGGGGGGGAAAAAUAUAACGAAGUUCUUAGCGAAAUGA